AUGUCAUUAAUAAGUAAUCGGAAAAGACCCAGAGGGUUGAGCGAAACAUUUGAUAAUUCUAAAGGAAAAUCGAAUCAACUGGAGUCAACCAAUUCCGAUACCUCAUCCCCUACGAAUACUAAUAAUAAUACCUUGACUUUUUCACUUGAAUCUUCCAAUACUACCUUGAAUGAUUUAAAGUAUCCCCGUAUAAAUGAAGAUGUAUAUAUUAUUGAAGAUGAAGCUAAAGAAGCAGAAGAGGAAGAUGAUGAUAUUAUCAUAUUAGAAGAACGGGCAGUAGAAAAUAAUUUUGGGCCCAAACAAAGACGAAAUAAUUCUGAUUCGAUACUUUCAUUAGAUCUGGAAUCAUUUAAUGCUUAUAAUAUGUUUAAUGUAAACCAAGUAAUGAAUAAUGAUAAAAUGAACUUGAAAAAACAACGAACCAAUUCUUUACCCCAAUUACCCCAAGCCAAAUGUUUUUAUAAUAAAAUCCCCAGUAAUUACAUCUUAAAAGAAGAAAAAUUGGGGGAAAUUAAAACCAAUAUAAUUCCCUAUAAGUUAAAUUUACCUAAUUGUGAUGAUAAAGAUGGCCACUACGUGAUUCGAGUGAAUGAUUUAUUUGCCAAUCGAUAUAUUAUUGUUAAAUUAUUAGGACAGGGAACUUUUGGUAAAGUUGUUGAAUGUUUUGAUAAAAUUGCUAAAGAAUUAGUGGCGAUUAAAAUCAUCAGAAAUAUCCCCAAGUAUCGAGAUGCGGCUCGAAUUGAAUUAAGAAUCUUAUCAACUUUGAAAAAAUACGAUGAAGAUAAUCAAAAUCACUGUAUUCAUUUAAAAGAUUGUUUUGAUUAUAGAGGACACAUUUGUAUUGUUACUGAUUUACUUAAGAUUAGUUUAUAUAAUUUUUUGGAAAAUAAUAAGUUUAUUCCGUAUCCGGGGAGUCAUAUUCAAGCCAUUUCCAAACAAUUGAUUCGAUCGGUGAGUUAUUUCCACGAUUUGAAUCUAAUCCAUACCGAUUUAAAACCCGAAAAUAUCUUACUCCAUGAUGAUUCAUAUCAGCGGAAAAAAAUCACUUCUAAAACCAUUAUCUCGAGUUAUUUGAAGUUAAAUUUCAAUGAACAUAAGGAAAAAUUACCGGUCACCACCAAAAUACUAAAUGACCCCUUGAUCCAAAUCAUUGAUUUUGGUAGUGCUAUUUUCGAUGAUGAAUAUCACUCAUCCAUUGUGAGUACCCGACAUUAUCGUGCCCCCGAAAUUGUUUUAGGAGUGGGAUGGUCUUUCCCCUGCGACAUGUGGUCGGUGGGGUGCAUUUUGGUGGAAUUAUUAAUUGGAGACCCUUUAUUUAGAACUCAUGAUAAUUUAGAACAUUUGGCCAUGAUUGAAAAAAUUUGCGGAUAUCAAAUUGAUAAAUCAAUGGUUAAAAAACUGAAGAGGAAAGAAAACGAAUGCGGGUUAAAAUAUUUCACUAAUAACUAUCAAACUGAUGAAAGUGAUUCAGAAGAUUCCGACGUUAUUAUCGAUGACGAAAUUUAUGAGGAUUCUUCUUUCAAGCUAAUUUUUCCUACAAUUUCCACCCCGUCCAAAUUCAUUGACGGGGUAAACCAAUUAAAUCGAAUCGAUUUGUACAUUAGUAAUAAAAUUGGUUUAAACAUUAAUUUUGAUUAUUCGUUAAAUGAAAAUUAUAAUAAUAAUUGCCAUUUAAUAAAUUAUGGUAAUUUUACCUUUUGGUGGUUUUUCAUUGACUUGUUGAAAAAAUUAUUCAUUAUUAAUCCUCUAGAUAGAAUCACCGCUCUAGAAGCUUUAGAACAUCCUUGGUUCAAUUUGGGUAUCGAAGAUGAAGGCACUAUAUGA